AACUUCCUUCUUUCUGCCCCAGCCGACUGUACGACAGAAGUAGGAAGGAAGGAUUGGGGUGCAUCGCAAGGCUCUGGAUGCCCAGCUGCUUUUCCCAGCCAAGCCUGAGAAGCUGAGACCAUCCUCGUCCCAGCCCCAGCACGGGACGGAAGAGAGGGCUUGAUGCGAGAAAAUGUUGCGUGACUGCUGCCUCCGGCUACCGGUGGUGACCUGCGUGCUGCUGCUGGUGGUGACAGCCUUUGCCAUGGAGUGCCCCAAGAUCAAGGUGGGGACGUGCAAGGACUGCAUCCAGUCUGGUCCCGGCUGUGCCUGGUGCAAGGAGCCGAGUUUCACCAAAGCCGGUGAGCCAGACUCCAUCCGCUGUGACACCGUCGAGCAGCUGCAGCAGAAGGGAUGCCCACCCAACAAGAUAGAGUUUCCAGCCAACGUUAUUACAAGAACACAGGACAGUCCCUUGAGCAACGACAUACAGCUGACUCCCCAGGAGGUGCACCUGAAACUGAGGAUAGGCCAGCCUGCUCUAUUUGAGGUGAAGUUUCGCCGCGCCACGGGGUACCCCAUUGAUCUCUACUACCUCAUGGACCUCUCCUACUCCAUGUUGGAUGACCUGGAGAAGGUGAAGAAGCUGGGAGGGGAGCUGCUCAGGGCAUUGGAGAGCACCACCCCUUCUCGCCGCAUAGGGUUUGGCUCCUUUGUGGACAAGACAGUGCUGCCCUUCGUGAACACGCACCCCGAGAAGCUGCAGAACCCCUGCCCCAACAAGGACGAGAAAUGCCAGCCUCCCUUCGCCUUCAAACACAUCCUCUCGCUGACCGACAAUGCCAAGCAGUUUGAGAGCGAAGUGGGGAAGCAGUUCAUCUCGGGGAACCUGGAUGCCCCGGAGGGGGGGCUGGACGCCAUGAUGCAGGCAGCAGUGUGCGGGGACUUGAUCGGCUGGCGCAACGUGACCCGCUUGCUGGUGUAUGCUACUGAUGAUGGCUUCCACUUCGCUGGUGAUGGCAAACUUGGGGCCAUCCUGACCCCCAAUGAUGGCCAGUGCCACUUGGAGGACAACAUGUACAAGAAGAGCAAUGAGUUUGACUACCCGUCUGUUGGCCAGCUGGUCCAGAAACUUGCCGAAAACAACAUUCAGCCCAUUUUUGCUGUCACCAGUAAGGUGCUGGAUGUUUACAAGAAACUCAGCGAGAUGAUCCCAAAGUCGGCGGUGGGAGAGCUGAAUGAGGACUCCAGCAACAUCAUUGAACUCAUCCAGGUGGCCUACAAUAACCUCUCCUCGCGGAUCAUCCUGGACCACUCCACCCUGCCAGAUGUCCUGGAGGUCAAAUAUGACUCCUUAUGUAGUAAGGACAAGGUCACUUUGGAUGAAGAAAGAGGGCAGUGCGACAAUGUCAAGAUCAAUGAUGAGAUUGUCUUCAAAGUGAAGGUCACAGCCAAGGAAUGCAUCAAAAGACAGUCCUUCACCAUCCGGCCUCUGGGCUUCACAGACACCCUCACCGUCCACCUGGACAGCAACUGCGACUGCAACUGCAACGAACAGCCUGACCCGACCGCCUGCAGUGGGAAAGGCAGCGUCGUCUGUGGGAUCUGCAGCUGCAAUUCGGGAUACACGGGGAAGAACUGCGAGUGUGACACCAAAGGCAAGAGCAGCAAGGAGCUGGAGAGCAGCUGUCGGAAGGACAACAGCUCAGUCAUCUGCUCGGGGCUGGGGGACUGCGUGUGUGGGCAGUGCAUCUGCCACACCAGCGACACGCCCAACAAGCAUAUCUAUGGCACCUUCUGCGAGUGCAACAACGUGAACUGCGAGUUCUACAAUGGUGCCCCUUGCGGCGGCAGAGAACGCGGGUUAUGCGACUGUGGGGUGUGCAAGUGCAUGGCCGAGUACCAGGGCAGCGCCUGCCAGUGCAAGAAAUCAACAGAGGGAUGCCUGAACAUCCGCCGCAACGAGUGCAGCCACCGCGGGACCUGCCACUGCAACCGCUGCCAGUGCCAGGAGGGAUACCAGCCCCCCUUCUGCCAGGAAUGCCCCGUCUGCCCCUCGCCCUGCGGCAGAUACGUCUCCUGCGUGGAGUGCAAGGCCUUCCAGAGUGGCCCCUUCGAGAAGAACUGCUCCCAGGCCUGCCCCAACAUCCAUGUCACCGAGGAGUUGACGGAGGUGAGCAGGCAGUGCAGGGAGAAGGACUCUCAGAACUGCUGGAUCUCCUUCCACAUGUUCCAGGAGGAUGGUGACGAGAUAUACACUGUCACUGUCAAUCCUGAAAAAGAGUGCCCAGAGCCUCCCAACAUUGCGCUGAUCGUGGGCGGCACCGUCGCCGGCGUGGCCCUCAUCGGCCUGCUGCUCCUGCUGAUCUGGAAGCUCCUGACAGAGCUGUUUGACCGCCGGGAAUACCGCCGGUUUGAGAAGGAGAAGUCCAAGGCCAAGUGGAACGAUGCUGAUAACCCCCUCUUCAAGAGUGCCACCACCACGGUCAUGAACCCCAGGUUUAAUGGGCAAUGAAGCAGUGACACCUGGCAGCGCUAGGACCUGCCAUUAAACAAGGAAAUGCCAAGCUACAGAAAUCCCAAACUAAGGCUCCCACCUCCUCUCCUUUACCCUGUUGGUUUUUUCUCCUUCUUCCAAGAGGCCACCAGCACAUCGGGUGCUGGCUUAGGGGCUGCACCAUGCCUGACUCCUGGCACAGUGCUCGACGGUUGGGUUAGCGGAGCUGAGAGAAGGGAACAGACACAGCUUCACCAUGGAUGGGACUGCAGAGCAGGGCACACCCAACAGCUCCUGUACUGGUUGCCGACCAUCUCAGCUCCUGGUGCUAACUUUGCCUUCUGGCAGGAGGCUCGGACACCAAGCCCCAAAAACGGCUGAGUGCACAGGGUGCUUCCAGUUUUCAUUUGGAGCGGGGAUUUCAAAGCUGCCAUUUCCCUCCUGCUCUAGCAGGAUCUGCUCCCAGGCUGCUCAAUGCCUUCCCUGCUGCACUGGUUUCCACCACUAUGUUUGCACUAGUUUCUCAAGCCAAGUUGGAUGUGGAGGGCCCUGCAGGCUGGUGGUCUGCUCUGGAGGUUGCAGUGAGCACUUGUACCCGAAGAUAAAGAGCAGCUGAGGAACAGGCACUGAAUCUUUUUUUCCAAGCCAUCAGCUGAUUCCUGGUGUCACUGCCCUUUCAGACCUACCUCGGGCAAGGUUCUUCUUGGGCUACUGCAAGCUUGCUUACCUCUACCUUGAGCCUUCUGCAUGACAAGGAGCCAAAGGAGCAAUUGUUUGGACUCUGAGAUGUCGGCACCAAGCACGUGAAACUGCCUGCUGCUCAGAGCUGGGCCACAGCUCCUUCCACCACCCCCAGAGUGAGAGCUUUUUCCUGCUCUGCGAGCACUCAGACAUGCCGAGGGCCAGGUAUGCAAAAGGCCUGGCAAUACUGGAGCAUCUCCGGCUCAGCACUUUUCCAAACCGUGCACAGCAGCUAAUUGCUCUUACACUGUGGAGUCAUUGCCAUGAAAUAGCGGUACAAUUCCAUAUUAGCUUUAAGUUUGGGAAUAAUUUGCAAAUAGCUGUAUUAUGUCAACCUUCAUUUGCUCUCUGAACAGGUUUAGCAUCAAUAAAAAUUAAUAUAUAAAGUAAA